AUGAAAGUGAUAAAACCUUUAAAAAUUCGUCAUUCCCUCAUCAGAUACCGCAUCUUUCAUUUUUCAUUGCUAAAAAAAGAGGCUCGACGGAGUAGUUCGAAGGGAUGGGUCAACGAGUGUCUCGCACAGACUUCGAAUGGGUUGCCACAGACGAACCUCAUGCGAGUCGUCGUAAGGAAAUUCUCGCCAAAUACCCGCAAAUCAAGAAACUUUUCGGGCACGAUCCAAACUUCAAAUACGUCGCUGGCGGAAUGGUUCUCACACAAAUUGUCACCUGUUUCCUGUUGCGCGACGUCGAUUCGUGGCUGACGUUGCUUCUCGUGGCUUACUGCUUUGGCGGCGUCAUCAAUCAUUCGCUUUCGUUGGCUGUGCACGAAAUUUCUCACGGAUUGGCGUUCGGGCAUUCUCGUCCCGCGGCAAAUCGUUACUUUGGAUAUUUCUGUAACUUACCUUUGGGUAUCCCCAUGUCAAUUUCCUUCAAAAAAUACCAUUUGGAGCAUCAUCGGUAUCAAGGCGACGAAAUAAUCGACACAGAUUUGCCGACAUUGCUCGAAGCAAAACUCUUCGAUACAACCUUCGGGAAGUUUUGUUGGGUGUGUCUUCAGCCAUUUUUCUACAUUUUACGCCCGUUAGUCGUAAAUCCAAAGCCUCCAACCAAAUACGAAGUUCACAAUUUGAUCAUUCAAGCGAUUUUCGAUGCCUUUAUCGUGUACUUUUGCGGAUGGCGCAUCUUAGUUUAUCUCAUUGUGGGAACUCUGCUCGCCAUGGGACUUCAUCCGGUUGCCGGGCAUUUCAUUUCCGAGCAUUACAUGUUCGCCAAAGGCUUCGAAACGUAUUCCUACUAUGGUCCGCUGAAUUUCAUCACAUUUAACGUCGGCUAUCACAAUGAACAUCACGAUUUUCCCGCAGUUCCUGGAUGUCGAUUGCCAUUAGUCAAGCAAAUUGCGCCCGAAUAUUACGAUAAUAUGCCGCAACACAACUCGUGGACUCGCGUUUUGUACGAUUUCAUCACAGAUCCCGCCGUUGGACCUUACGCUCGAAUCAAACGUAAGCACGCUGGAUUGGACAAGAAUGAGUAAAAAUCUUCAGUAUUGACGAGAAACCUAAAAUUCCUCAAAAAAAAUUGAUUGAUUACCAAAAACAACAA